GUGUCUUUUGAUGAAUACGGACGGAGAUUAUCGAUGACGAGCAGUAAGCAAACCAGAAAGGGGAUAUCGACUUCUUCAACAACGACAAAUUAAAAGUUUGUCAUCUAGAAAACAGAACAAAGGUGAAUAAAAAACCGAGAAGGAUCACUCUAUUCUGAUAACAAAGGGUUUGAGGUAAUACAAAACAGUAUCCGAAAAACAAUCACUUUGGAAAUCCUCGCGUAAGUCAAACGUUUACGAGAUGCAAAUUUUCAAGCGUUUUAACGACGCUGUUUGUAAACAAGUGCAGACGAUAAGUAUACAUGUAAAUGAGAUGCUGUGUUUACGAGACUACCACGGGAGGUUCCAGGGGGUGCAGUCAAGAAAUUCCAAUCGAGGCACACAUUUUCAAAACCAAAUACCGGUAACUUUUAAUGGCUAUAAUUAUUUUCAAACAUUGCCGUCCGAACCUGCUGAUGAGGAAGAUGUAACAUUAUGCGUGGAAACCGAGACGGAGUGGAAAGAAGAGCGGCGCAUUGUGGAGCUGGGGUAUCUUGCAAAACAACUGUUUUGUCACUUAUGCAAAACCCCACUUCAUUUAAUAGACACUGUGCGUGAAAGAAGAUAUGGCCUAGGCUCCGUACUUCACGUAAAGUGCACCAACUGCAGCGCCGUAUGCCCCGUCGAGACAGGGAAUAGAGUACCUACUGGAGCCUUCGACAUAAACACCAAAGCUGCUCUCGGAAUGAUUCAUGUAGGCAUGGACCCAACACAUCUUGUGAAUUUUCUGGGGCAAUGCAACAUUCCUCCACCCUCAGAACCAUCCAUAAGAAAGCAUGCAGCAAAAGUAGGAAAGGCUAUCACAGAUGUGGCUUUUGAAUCAAGCAGAGCAGCUCAGAUUGAGGAAAAGCAAACAUCAGAUACAGUUGUCAUGCCACAGCGGAAUAAAUGUCCAGUUUGUAGUGAAGAUUUUUCAAGUUGGAGCUUCUUACACCAUUAUGCAACCUGUUUUGACCAAAAUACAAAUUCAUGGUUAGACCAUGACUUGGAAGCAGAUAAAACAACUGAAAGACAAGAUCUGGGACAGAUAUUCAUGAACAUUCACGAAGUUGAAAUAGAUUGUACAAGAGACUCCACAACAACAUCGUAUACAGACGGUAAUUACAGGGAUAAGGCACGUCCGAAUAUGAAAAACACCAAUGGCUACCUAAACGACUUAGUAAAGGAUAAGGUUCCUGCAGCACAACCUGUUUUUUUACCAGCACCCCCUCCACCAGUUGCACCUAUGUGAACUGGAAAGAACUACGGAAGCGUAUAAGUGCUACAUUCGCACUUCACAUUUUCUUUUUGAUUUUCUACACUUUAAUCUGCAAAUUUGCACUUUAAAGUGUAACAAUAGACUUUUGUAUGCAAAAUUUGCACUUUAAAACUAAUUCAUACUUUAGUUUGUAAAUUUUACACUUUAAUCUGUUAAAUUCACACUUAAAUCUGUACAAUUUACGCUUCAAUCUGCAAAAGAAUUACAUUUUAUCUAUAAAACACUUUACUCUGUAAAUUUUACACAUUAAAGUAUAUAUAGGUAAUAGGGAGUUUUUAUCAUUUGUGAUAAUUUUAUUGAAGUAUUAAGCCCUGAUGUUAUUGAAUUUGUGAAUAUUUUAAUCUAUGCCUUAAAUACAGUGACAUCAUUAAACAAAAAAUAUAUUUUAUUAUCAAAACAAUAAAUACAUUGUAUGUUGAUUCACCCUUCAUUCAAAGAAUAAACAUAAUGUUUCAUUUUGUCUUAACCUCGAUUCAGUACAAGUACUUUCAGUACUUUGAUCUGUGUACACAUAUAAAUUAAAAUACGGCUUUAAACUACUAAAAAAUGGCGUCUGAUAUACGUUUAACAGGCUUGAAAACUGUGUAUUUGCAUAUAUUUGAGUAAACAAAUAGUCCCAAAACAUUUUUACAGAUAAUUUUACAUUGUAUGUGGUGACCGCCAAAUAAAUAAGUGACAUUUCCUAUAACGACCGCCACUUAUUUAUCUGGCGGUCGCCAGAUAAGCGGUCACCUUAUUAUUUGGCGGGAGAUUCAGAUUCAAAUAAUUUUAUGACUUUCGCCACUUAUUUACCUGGCGGCCGUAACAUAGUUAUAAAAGCAGUCUCCAGAUAAGCGGCAACCACCGCCUAAUUAUAUGGCUGUCCCUAGAUAAUAAUUUCGUACAUUCAUUCAUUCAUUCAUUCAUUCAUUCAUUCAUUCAUUCAUUCAUUUAUUCUUUAUUUCCUUGACCUUUAAAGCUCAUCAGAUUAUACAAAUUAAUACUAAAGAAAAUAAUAAACAACAGAAGUGGAUGUUGUACAGAUAAAUAGGUCAUGGCCGCCAGAUAUUUUUUUGCGGCCGUCUGAUGAAAUAUAUUUUCCACUUGUCUAUAUCCGGCUCCCAUAAUUUACGCCCUUAUUUAACUUUUAUUGAAUAUUUCUCAAAGUUUUAUUGUUAAAUAUGAAAGCGUUUAUGAGAAAACUGCUUAACAUCAGCUAAAAAAAAAUAAACUUGGAUGCGUUUGACGAACGGAAGCCAUCUUCUAAGCCCUGCAAUCACAGCUAUUUUUAUUCUCUAUCUAAUCUGCAGAUUUGAAGAAAAACGAUGGAAAAACCUAAUUAAAGUCAUGACAAUUUAUAACAUAAUCAUAUUGAAACAAAUAUUUUCUACAGAGAGAGAUUAAAGUUUAUAACAUAUUAAAACUAUUACUUUUUUAGUUUCUGAUUUAAAAAGAUGAGUGAAACGGCCUGUUUUAUUAAAAACGCUUGGCGUUGAACAUUUCCAUGUGACACUAAAACAUCUAGUCUAAAAGUAUUUAUUCAUUUUCGAUUCACUUUAUGGAAAAUUAAAUACUGGUAAUGAAAACAAGUUGUCGAUUGCAAUGUUUAUUAUUCAAGCAUUAUCAAUGAAAUGCAAAACAUUUAAUUAGGACAGCCAUGUGGUGUUCAUGCAGUAUUUUACGGAUUAAUGUUUAGUUUUUACAGAUAAAUGUUUAAAAUUUUCAAAUCAAAAAUGUAAAUUUUACAGAUUAAAAGGCAUUUAACACUUAAAAGCGUGACAUUUACACUUCAAAGUGUACUUUUUACAUAUUAAAGUGCGGAUUUUACACUUUAAAAUCUGAAUUUUACAUAUAAGAGUGUAAAUUUCAAAUAUUAAAAUAUGUAUUUUACACUUUAAAUUGUUAUUUCAACUAAUUAAAGUGUGAGAUCUUUACAGUGAUUUACACAGAUUAAAGUGAAUUUUAGAGAAUAA